AUGAUUCUGGUUGCCAUGCAACGCAUUGACGAGAAGCUGGACCGCGUAUUGCAGGACCAGCAGCAGCAGCAACAGCAGCAGCAGCAGCAGCAGCAGCAGCAACAACAACAACAACAACAACAACAACUUGGCUCCGAGCAGCUCCUGCCGUCCAUCACGGCGCUGAGGAAGGAGGCCUACCUCGCCGCCAUGCCCGACCCGAUGAACGUGGAUCCCGCCGUCACGGGCGACCUGCCUCCGCCCCAGUCCCAGAAGAAGCAUCAGCGUCCCGGCACGGCGGAGUUGCUGGACGAAUCGGACUUGCGAGGCGCCUUGUCCGUGUUCUCGUGGCCGGCGGUGCAGACGCUGCUCGUGGACGGAGGCCCCACCAACGACCUUAAAGCCAUCUUGGCCGAAGGCUCGGCAUGGUUACUGCGCCACGAGAUGCUCAAUGCCCCCGGCGUCUUGUCCUGCGACAGUUUCUUGGCCAGGUCCAAUAUGCAUGUCAUCAGAGGGGAUAAAGAGCAGUCGAGGACUGUGUUCCCUAGCUUGACGGCGGCGCUGAUGGACGAGUAUACGAAUGCAUUUUUCGGGUCGUAUAACUUGAUAUACCCGGUGUUGGAUCGUCAGGACUUUGUGAAUGGCGCGCUGCCGGCGGUCAAGAGGCACGGGUUUGCCGAGGGGUGCCUUGAGUCUUUGCUAGCUUUGCUAGUGUUUGCUCUGGGCUCGCUGGCAUGUGAGGGGGCACAGGGAAAGCCGAUAGCUAAAGGGAGCGGAGUCCGUGGGGGAACGGCUGACAGACCUCCUGCACUUUGCAUAUUCAACGAAGCGAGAUCGAGAACUGGUUUUGUGUCGGGCUCGUGCACUGUUGAAUAUGUCCAGGCUAUGGUACUAAUGGCUUUAUAUUACGAGUCCUGCUCUAAGCAUAUCGAACACUGGCGCUUGACCAUGAUCGCCUCAGAGGCUGUGAAGGUCGUCUUGCGCAUCGACCGCGAUUGGGACUCCCACAGCAUAGACAUGAUUCGACGAGCAUACUGGACGUGCAACGUCAUAGAAUCCUGGUACUAUCUGGAUCUGAACCUUCCCCGAAGCGAUGGAGUGAGCUUCCAGGACUUCAUCGCCCUCCCCGACUUUGACGACCAUCUCGAUUUCGGUGACGAACCCAGCAUCGAAAAGAAAUACCCCUACAGCUUCCUCAGCAUGAUCUCCCUCCGCCGGCACAUCCACCGUGCCUCGGACGAGCUCUACGCCCGUGAGCCCAGCCAUCCACCUCCCCUAAACCGCGCCCCCAUCCCAGCUAACUCCCAGCCCCUCCCAGCAGGCCGCACCCGCUCCUCGGACCAACCGCUCAUCAUCGCCGAGCUCUCCCGCCAACUCGACGUCUGGCGGGCCCUCCUCCCUCCCGAGCUCCGCUGGGACGACAACAACCGCGCCGCCUUCCCGCCAAACCCGGCCCACGCGCACAUCGACAUCCUCCUCGCCCAGCUGCGCUGCCGCUACUACUACGCGCGCUUCAUGAUCCUCCGCCCCUAUCUCUACACCGCGCUCCACCACGCCCACGCCCACCAAACCCUCCCCCCGGACAUCUCCACCGGCGCCAUCGACUGCAUAGACGCCAUGCUGCAGUGGCCCAUCGCGUACUCACCCGUCUGCGAUAAGAAACGUCUCAUACCGAAUAUGUUUGCUUGGACGCAGAGUUUUUGUUCGUUUCUCCUAGUGUUGAGGGCGGUGGAGGCGAAUGAGGGACUCAGGGCGGCAGUAGAGGAGAAGGUGGGGUUGGAGAGAGUGGGGGAGAGUGUGAGGGUCAUGGAAGCAUGGAUUGGGGAUCUCAGGGGCGUGGAUGGCGUGGCUGGUUGGGCAUGGGGGUUGCUGAGGGGGAGGACUGUGUGA